AAGGCCUAAGGACAGCGAGGUUAUCUUCUAUCCCGGCGUUAAUAGAGGAGUCUUUUAUUCGAGUGAGACGCGGGGGUCUUGUUUACCCCCAGAUCUGCGCCGCUCCCUCUGCUGCUUCGCUGCCAGUCACUCUUUUUGUUGGGCUGGAGGAUGUUUUUUGUUCGUGGACUGUGUAUGGACCAGGCUAGUGCAAAACUGAACUAACUGGGUGUUUGGUAGCACAGUUUAGGUCAGGCGGCCCUUGGUGUGGAUUUAGGAACUAUUUCUCCCCUUCUUUGCAUAACCUUUGGGCAGAGGGUUGGCAGGCUUUUGUAAAGGUACAGUCGUUUGCAGGGUUCUUUUUACUGUUCUGUGAAACCGACUCCACAGAACGGUUAACACAGAAAUAACACAUUGCAGUAUGUCACCGUUUUUGAAAUUUAUGAAGACUAACAGAAUUUGCAGUGCAAAUGCUGUGCUGGUUUGAGCAUUUGCCUUUUGCUCAUUCCUCUACAGUACGGUCUGUACUGUGGUCAAUCUCUGCAUGGGAAACCUAUCAUCAUUUUCCCGUAAAGUAAAUACACGUUUUCUGAUGAAUGGGAUAAAGUGAGGGGAAAAAUACGAUUUCAAGUCUGGCCGCAACCUAGGGCUUUUGUGGUCGGUGUUAUAUCUGUUUUGCUCCUCUGAUAUACUGUGAUACCUGAUGCUUUGUUGAGGAGUGCUGCUGCUCCUUAAUGGCCCGUGGGGAGUCUAGCAUGAGAAAAUAGAAGAGGAUUGAACACUUUACAGUUUACAUUAUGAAGCCGGAAUUUCAUUGAUUAUCAAAACCUGACAGAGACAAGAAAAGAAAUUACAAUCUAGGAGGGCAGGCGGAGACCACCCCAGAACAGACUGCUGGUGGUAUCAUGAUGACCUAUAACCCCCUGCCCCAAGAAUAUGAAAGUGAUGACAACUCUUAUGAAGUGUUGGAUAUAACUGAAUAUGCAAGAAGACACCACUGGUGGUAUCAAGUGUUUGGCCACAGUUUGGGACCUAUGGUAGAAAAAUACUCAGUAGCUACCCAGAUUGUAAUGGGUGGUGUGACUGGCUGGUGUGCAGGAUUUUUAUUCCAGAAAGUCGGAAAAUUUGCAGCAACUGCAUUAGGGGGUGGUUUUCUUCUGCUUCAGAUUGCCAGAUACAGUGGCUAUGUGCAAAUUGACUGGAAGAGAGUUGAAAACGAUUUAAACAAAGCAACAAGGCAGAUUAAGCAACGAGCAAAUAAAGCAACACCUGAAAUCAGCAAUAUUAUCGAAGAAGCAACAGAAUGUAUCAAACAGAACAUUGUGAUAUCCAGUGGAUUUCUGGGAGGCUUUUUGCUAGGCUUUGCAUCUUAAAGACAUGAAGGCUCUACCAAAGUAGAUUCAAAUAUGAGAAAAGAAGUUUAAGCCACAGGAUGCUCUCUUAACAGUACAUGCCUCCAGAGUCCCCACAGCAGGGAGAAACAAUUAGCUGGACAAAACUGAACUUACAACUUAGCAGUUUGACAUCUGAAGCUUGGCAAACCGGUAACUGCAGUAAAACAACCUAUGUGGCAUGUGAAUAUAGUAUUCUAGAGCAAAACAUGGCUUCUAUCAUUAUUUUAAAAAUUGCAUCUUUUUAGAUACAAGCCUAUAAAUAUCGCCAUGAGCUGUAGAUUUGGACAGAAAUAUUAUCCUCUAUUUAGAUUAUUAAUUGUGGUUCAUGGUAUAGUACCAAUAAUUAAAAAUUUAUGUUAUAGCUUCUAUAUUAGGGCUGUUUUUUUAAAAAGACUUAUUUACUGGAAAGGCAGAGCGACAGGGAGAGACGGAAAGAGAUCUUGCAACAACUGAUUCACUCCCCAAAUGGCUGUAAAGACCUGAACUGGGUUAGACAAAAGCCAAGAGUCUAGAAAUCCAUGAGGGUUUCCCACGUGGGUGACAGGGCUCCAGCCACGUGGGUCAUCAUUUACUGCUUUCCUGGAUGCCUUAGCAGGGAGCUGGAUGGAAAGCAGAGCAGUUGGGACUCAAACUGGUAUACUCAUAGGGGAUGCCAGCAUUGUUGCCGGCAAUUUAAACUGUUGCACUACAGUGCUGGCCCCAGGGAUUUUUUUGUUUUUUAAGAUGUUUACAAUAAACUGAAGAACAACAGACACAAAGAAUUUCAAUCCAGUAUCACUGGAACUAAGCUCUGACAAUAUAUAGAAAAGGAUGAUGUGUGAUAAGAACAUCAGAUUUAUUUUAGGAAUGCAAGGUUGUUUCAAAUUUCAGAAAGGAAUCCAUGUAGUUCAUUAUGCCAACAAACUAUGAAAAGUAAAAUCACAUCAUCAUUUCAAUAGAUGCAAAAAAAGUUUUUGAAAAAAAUCAGUAUACAUUCAUGAUAACAACUCUUGAAAUUAAGAAUAGAAGAAAAUGUUGUAUUGUUGACAAGCAUACUGUUCACAUCAUACCUAAUAAUGAAAAUGAAUACUUUCUCUGUAAGCCUGAGAGCAAAGCAAGGAUGUCUGCUUUCUCUGUGUCUUUCAACAUUUUAUUGGAGGAAACUAGCAAAUGCAAUAAGAUAUGAGAGUGAAAGAAAAGUUAUAUGUAUAGGAAAAGAAUAAAUGAAACUGUCUUCAUUCUCAGAUGGUAUAAUUAUUCAUGUAGAAAAUCCUAAAAAUUUCCAGAUCCGUGAUUACAACUAGUAAUUAAUCCAGCAAAAUGGCAGGAUUCCAUGUUAACAUAUAAAAAUCAAUUGCAUUAUUAUAGACAAAAACAACAUUUAGAUUAAAAAGCAAUACCAUGUAAUGGCCUAAAAAUAAACCUUACAAAAUAUGCCCAUGACUUUUUGUGCUGAGGAUUAAAACCUAUUGCUGAAAAAAUUAUCCUUUCACCAUUUUCCUUUGCCAAAAACCAACUGACCAUAUAUGUGUGUGUGUGUGUGUGUGUGUCUUGGAGAGGGACUGGUUAUUCCUGUGGUCUAUAUUCUAUUCCACUAUGUCUAGCCUUGGAUCAACACGUUUUCGAUUAUCACAGCUUAAUAAUUAAGUUCUGCCAUUGGAUAGUGUGAAUAUCCAGUUAAAUAGAAUAAUACAGUAUGAUCAUGAUUUGGAAGGCUCAGUAUUAGAAUUUCUCUUAAAAUGUAUAUAUAUAGAGAGAGAUAGAGAGAGAAAGAGAGAGACUCAAAGGAAUUAUCAGUGAGAAUCCUGGUGAUAUUUUCUUUUGUCAAAACUAACAAAUGCAUCCUCAAAUUGAUAUGGAAAUGCAAAAGUCUAGAGUAACAAAAAUGAUUUUGAAUAAGAAAAGCAUAAUAAGAGUCACACUAUCCAAUGGCAGAACUUAAUUAUGAAGCUGUGAUAAUCGAAAAUGUAUUGAUCUAUGGCUAGACCUAGUGGAAUAGAAUAUGGACCACACGAAAACCAGCCCCCCCAAGAGAUAUACACACACACACACACAUAUAUAUAUGUAUAUACACACAUGUAUAUAUACACAUGUGUAUACACACACACACACAUAUGGUCAGUUGGUUUUUGGCAUUGGAAAAUGGUGCAAGGAUAAUUUUUUGAGUAGAAUUCUUGGAUACUGAUACACUUUAAAAGGAACCUUGACUUUUACCUUACACUAUUUAAAAAACUUAAGUCAUUAUGUGUUAUAGAACUACAGCUAUAAAACUUGUAGAUAUUCAAAUCAAUAGUAAACAGGGAGAUGUAAAGCUGGUUCUUACUUAAGAGAAAACUUGAGUAUGCGAUAUGAUAUAAUGAUAUGAUAUCUAUCAUGAAAUCUAAGAGGUAUAUUUUGUGAGAGACUGGACACUGUAUAUCAAACACUGCUGUUAACUUGAAAAUGCAAGUUAUCCAUUGGGUGUGGCAAGAUAUAGAUCAUUAUUGAUGUUAGUAAGAGUCAUUUCAGUUUAAUAAUAGGUUUCAGCUUAUUAAUGAUUGUUAUGGGUCAGAUGGAAAAUGGGAGGUAAGUAAGCUAAUCUGGGAAUUUUAACCAGAAAUUAAAAUAAAUGAGAAAAAUUGAGCAAGAGAGAAAUGUGGCAGUCAACAGACAGAAGGUUGAAGACAGGAGAUAGUAGAACAUGUUUUGGAGGUUAUGGUAAUUUUCAAGCAUAAAAGGAAAAUUUUCUGCUGAAGAGGAGAAUGAUUGCAGGGGUUCAUGCACUGAGAUGAGAGCUGAUGCCAUCACUACACAGAUGACUUAUCAACCCCUGAUAGAAUCAAGGACAAUUUUUCAUUAUAAAAGAAUAAAAGGCAUGCUGAUAAAGAAGGCCAAAGUUGGUGAAUUGGGUGGCAGGAAGUUUAGUUAGUUCCUGCUUUAUUUCAUCUAUUGUCUCUGUUUCAUCUAUUGUCUCUAUAACACAUGAAUUGUAAAUGAGAAGAAAGAGUGGUUGUUAGGGAUUUGAGAAGAGGAAAAGUGUGAGUGUGAUAUAGUCAUUUUGGUUGAGUAAAAAAGUAUAUUUACUAUGAGGGUCUAAUAGGAUUGUCUGGGAGUGUUGAGUGACCAUCUGAGAUUUAUGACAAAAAAAUUAUAGGUCAGUCAGCAUGGUUUUGUCAGUUUUUCCAGCAACACUCAGCUAUUUGGUAAAAGAAGCAAGGAUAUAUGAUGGUAAUUGCAUGUUGUAGUUUGGGUGAACCCAUUCUAACUUGCAACUUCCUUUUAAUGUAUUCACAAGUCAUCUAUUUGAUAAUUUAUUUUAUGUUUAUAGAUAUCAGAUUCAAAGCCAGUACUUUAUGUUUUUAGUAAAGAAACUUUUCACAGAUUCAACUUAAUAUAAUAUAUUCCAAUGGUUAAAAGUCUGCAGUGUGGGCCAGCGCCGUGGCUCAAUAGGCUAAUCCUCCGCCUUGCGGCGCCAGCACACCAGAUAAUAGUCCCGGUCGGGGCGCCGGAGUCUGUCCCGGUUGCCCCUCUUCCAGGCCAGCUCUCUGCUAUGGCCCGGGAGUGCAGUGGAGGAUGGCCCAAGUCCUUGGAUCCUGCACCCACAUGGGAGACCAGGAAAAGCACCUGGCUCCUGGCUUCGGAUCAGCGCGGUGUGCCGGCCACAGCACGGCGGCCGCUGCGGCCAUUGGAGGGUGAACCAACGGCAAAGGAAGACCUUUCUCUCUGUCUCUCUCUCUCUCUCUCUCACUGUCCACUCUGCCUGUCAAAAAAAAAAAAAAAAAAAAAGUCUGCAGUGUAAGAAAAUUUUCAUAAUUUUGAUUGAAAUCUUAGGUAAAGACCAUUCCUUCUUGUGCCUUAAAUGAAACCAAGGAUCACUUUAUUUCAUUAUGGUAAUUACUUUUAAGCCUAGAAUUGAAGUUGGCAUUUUCGUAGAAUCUGACCAAUAUUUAACCAAGUUCAAUGAUUUUAUUAUAUAAUUGGCCACCAUUCAGGAUAUACUGAGAUAGCUAAAGUCGGUGAUGACUUUCAGUCUUACAUUAUUGAAAAUAUUAUUUUAUGGAACCCAUCUUUUGCUGCCUUUGUGUUGUUGAUACCUUGUGUUUUAUUCCAAUAAUUGUAAGCAACAUAUAUUGAACUCUUAAUCUCUCAACUGCUACUCCCUGACAUAGAUACCAUGAUUUAAACAACUACCCCAGUAGUGACUGAAAGUUUUCAGUAGUUGAAAAAGAGCAAAUUUCCUGUAUAGUGAAAGGAAUCAUCAAGAAGUUAGGUCAUUAACAAUUUAGUACUUUACUUUUAUAACCUUGAAGAAAGUUUCUUUGUGGACUAUUGGACUGGGGUCCACAACUUCUCACUGUUGGCCAAAGUCUGCUUUCAGUUUCUGCCAUGUGGGCCUCUUCUAACAUAGAAGUUUCUUUCAUCAAAGUCAAGAACCACAAGAAAAAAUUCAUCAUUGGGCCUCAUUCUUUUUUGUAUCUUUAUUUUAUGUAUUUAUGUAUUUAUUUAUUUGAAAAGCAGAGAGACACCCAGAGAGAGAGAGAGAGAGAGAGAGAGAGAGUGCUUCUCUCUGUUGGUUCACUCCCCAAAUGCCUUGGGACAGCCAGGGCUGGGCCAAGCAAAAACUACAAGGCCAAAAUACUUAAAAUACCCUUACAUGGGUAGCAGGGACUCAAGUACUUGGGCCAUUAUCUGCUGGCCUCCUAAGUGCAUUAGCAGGAAACUGGAUUAGAGGAAGAUUCAGGACUCAAACUAGCACUCUGAUAAGGGUACAAGCAUUCCAAGCAACAGCCUAAUCAACUAUAUCACAAUACCUGACAUUGUAUCUUUGGCAUCUUUCCCUCUUAUAGUGCUCUUAUUCCAUCUGCUUCUUUUUUUUUUUUUAAGAUUUUAUUUGAGAGGUAAAGUUACAGACAGUGAGAGGGAGAGAUAGAAAGAAAGGUCUCCCUUCCAUUGGUUCACUCCCCCAAAUGGCUGCAACAGCUGGAGCUGUGCCAGUUUGAAGCCAGGAGAUAGGUGCUUCUUCCUGGUAUCCCAUGUGGGUUCAGGGACCCAAGGACUUUGGCCAUCUUCCACUUUUCCUAGGACAUAGCAGAGAGCUGGAUUGGAAAUAGAGCAGCCAGGACUAGAACCAGCAUCCAUAUAGGAUGCUGGCGCCACAGGUGGAGGAUUAACCUACUGCAUACAGUGCUGGCCCCUCCAUCUGCUUCUACCUCCAUGAUCUUGGCCCAUCAAUUACUAUUCUUCCCUUUUCCUUAAGUCUCUAUCUCUUCCUUCUUUCCCUAAACCUGCUGUGGUGGGCAUCAUCUAACAUGGUUCCCAGUGACAUCUGCCACUAGUAGUCAUGCUUCUGUGUAAUAUUCUCCCCCUUGAGUUUGGGGUGAACUAAUAACCUGUUUCUACUGAAUAGAAGAAAGCAAAAAGUGAUAAUAUAUCACUUCCUUAACUAGGUUAUAAAUGACUCUUAAUUACAUCUUGCUAUUAUUCUCUCUCUCUCUCUCUUUCUCUCUUGCACCUUCUUGACUUCUUCACUUUGAUGAAGGAAACUUCUAUGUUAGAAGAGGGCCACAUGACAGAAACUGAGAGCAGACUUUGGCCAACAGUCACUGAGAAAUUGUGGCCCUCAGUCCAGUAGUCCACAAAGAACUGAAUCCUGACAACAACCAUGUGAAUGAGUUUGGGAAGUAGAUUCUUCUGUAGUUGAGCAUUGAAAUGGCUAUAGGCAUAUAGUAAAGAAUUUAUCACUAUUCAGUGAAAGGUCUUGCCUUUCCCCUUGGCCUUUUGAGGCCAUCUCUAAGUCAACAUUGUAUUUGAUAGUAAAAGUGUAUUUUUUGCUGCGGCCUGGAUCAUGUUGGGUGGUAUAGUAAUAUGAUUUGGGUUAUUAGAUGACCAUGCCUGAAAGAACAACAAUAUACUUUAGAGUAGGCCUUUGGGUAAGGCCUGGAGAUGGAGAUCAGUCAUAUGGGUAAUAAUUCCAUAAUGCUACAUAACAUAGCUUCACUACAAUAUCUGACCUCUGAAGUUUCAGCAGCCUUCCCCGAGCGGCAGUAUUCUGUGAACAUUGUCACAAAACAAUGAUGAAUGAGUAAUGUAUCCUGACUCCAGUGGUAAAACACAGUGGAGGUUCUACAAAGUAGAAGUUUAGUACUUCCUUAGACUACCCUAGGUUUGUUUCCCCUGGUUGAUUUGAAUAUGUAUCCUUUCCUUAUAAUAAAACAUAACUGUGAGUAUAAUAGCAUUCAAGGAGAUUUUGAGAACUCCUUGAAGUUGCAGAUGGUGUCAGAGUGAGCACAAUCUUGUGUGGACUAUCUGGCUCCUAACUGGUAGCUGCCUAAGCUGCUGUAAUAGCAUUGCUUUUGGCUAACCGCUGACUGUGGCUGACAAUUUGAUUGCAGCCUGUAAAAGUCCUUAAAGCAGAGGAUCCAGCUAAACUACAUCCAGAUUCCUGGAUAAGAUAAUCUGUCUUGUUGAGAUAAUAAAAUUUUAUCUUCAGAAAAUCUGAGAUAAAUUUUAUUGUUUCAAGCCACUAAAUUUUGACAUUACAAAGCAAUUGGUAACUAAUAUAGCCACUAGCAUACCGAAAAUCUCAAAGCAAAACAAACAAUAAACAGAACUCAAAAAACAAUAAAGCAAAAUAAACCUUGCUUGUGAGUAUCUAAAUAGUCAUAUUGAUUCUAAAUUUAACCAAAUGGUGAUAAGCUCCUUUUAGGUGUCACUCUGUUUUUCUGGGAAACCUAUUCAUAAUCACAGUUUCUAUUCCUAAUUCUGCAAAGUUUACUCUAAAAUGCAUAACUCAUUCUAAAACCUUUCCUUUGCGUUUCAUAGCUGUAAAUGUAACUGCUUAUUAGUAUCUCCUCAUGGAUGUCUUAAAAACCUUCCAUUUUGGUUUUUCAUAAUGAAUACAUCAUGGUUUCUCCAAAACCAGAUCUUUUUAUAAAAAUGUCAUCCCUGUGAAUGAUUCCAUAUUCUUUCUUGACCGAAUACCUAAAGCUUUUAUAGUAGUCUACUUCAACAAUCUUGUCUCCCUUAUUUCCACAUUUAUUUCCUUACCAAGAGUCAGUUUUACUUAAAUUUGUCAGAACCCAGCCAUAUAUAUAAAGCUAUGAAGAAUUGUGACUAUCUCUCAUCAAGAACUACAAUAACUUCAUAACUUGUCAUCUAGCAUUCACUCUGCCUGUGAUCUUCACCCAUGUCUUUUCCACCUUUCACUGAAGUGAUUUUUUCCCCAUAAUGCUAGGAUGAAAAGAUCAAUAUUUACCCUCUUUAAAAAAUCACUGCCCUGAAGAUUGAGACAAACUUAAUAUGGCAUAUGAAUAUUUUUAUUCCUGUGUACCUGUAUCACUUCCUUGGGGAAGCCUUCCAUCACUUCCCUAGUAAUGCCAAAUGCUUAUAUUGUAGGUAGCCACAUAGCUCACAUGGGAAGUAUAUGCUACAGGUGCAAUUUUCUAUUGACAUAGGUAAUUAUUUGAUAUUUUUAAUAUCUUAUACUACACUGUAGUUUCAAGAGGGGAGGAACUUUUACUUAACACUAUACCUUCAAAGUACAGCAACUUUAUCUUGAGGAUACUCAGUGUUUCCCAGAUAAAUAAUGGGUGAAUGUAUUGUUGAAGUGUAUUUUUCAUGUAAUAGAAAGAUCAGGGUGAUUUUGAAGAUAGAUUUCAUUUUGAUGCCUGUCUUUAUUUAUUCUGUUGCUGCAUUCAAGCCACAUUAUCUCUCUUGAGAUCUACUUUUUCGAUUUGUACCUGCCUGGCCUGUUGUGAUAAUUACAUUAAAAAGGUAAGUAAAGCCUCCACAGUAAUGUAGUAUGAACUGUCCAGCCUUUGUUUUGAGUUUGCUUGAAUCCUAAGGAUUGGAAUAAGAUAGAAGGUAGCCCUGAUCUGUAGUGUUACGGAAGUUGUAAACCUUUAAAAAGAUAUGCAAAUACAUUAGUAGAAAACAUAUAGAUGUCAGGACCAGUGCUAUGGUAUAGUACGCUAAACUUCUGCCUGUGGUGCUGGCAUCCCAUGUGGGCACUGGUUUGUGUCCCAGCUGCUCCUCUUCCAAUCCAGCUGUCUGCUAUGGCCUGGGAAAGCAGUGGAAGGUAACCCUGAAGAAGUUCCAGGCUCUUGGCUUCAGAUCUGUUUAGCUCUGGCCAUCACGACCAUUUGGGGAAUGGACCAGCAGAUGGAAGACCUUUCUGUCCGUCUCUCCUGCUCUCUGUCUGUAACUCUGCCUCUCAGAUAAAUAAAUAAAAGCUUAAAAAAAAGAAAGAAAACAUAGUGUCAAAUAAAACAUAUUAAUUGGCCCAAUUGGCCUUCUGGCUUCUAGUCUGAAAUCCUUCAAUCUAAUCUGGAUCAGAAUAUCGCUAUGCAAAUGAAGAUGGAUUUGUAAAUACUUAUUUUAAAUAGAUAAACCUGUUUUGUUCCCUCUACCUUCUGCUUUUCUUUUUUUAAGAUUUACUUAUUUGAGAAGUAGAGUUACAGAGAGAAGGAGAGACAAGGUCUUCCAUAUGCUGCUGGUUCACUCCCCAAAUGGCUGCAAUGGUUGGAGCAGAUUUGAUCCAUAGUCAAGAGCCAAGAGCUUCUUUGGAUCUCCCAUGCAAGUGCAGGGACCCCAGCACCCGAGCCACUUUCCACUGCUUUCCGAGGCCAUAAGCAGAGAGCUGGAUUGGAGGAGGAGCAGCUAGGCCUCCAACUGGCAGCCAUAUGGGAUGCCAGUGCCGUAUGCAGAAGCCUAGCCUACCACACCACAGUGCCAGCCCCUGCCUUCUGCUUUUUUUUUUUUUUUUUGACAGACAGAGUGGACAGUGAGAGAGACAGAGAGAAAGGUCUUCCUUUGCCGUUGGUUCACCCUCCAAUGGCCGCCGUGGCCAGCGCGCUGCGGCCGGUGCACCGCGCUGAUCCGGUGGCAGGAGCCAGGAGCCAGGUGCUUUUCCUGGUCUCCCAUGGGGUGCAGGGCCCAAGCACCUGGGCCAUCCUCCACUGCACUCCCUGGCCACAGCAGAGAGCUGGCCUGGAAGAGGAGCAACCGGGACAGAAUCCGGCGCCCCGACCGGGACUAGAACCCGGUGUGCCGGCGCCGCAAGGCGGAGGAUUAGCCUAGUGAGCCGCGGCGCCGGCCCUGCUUCUUAACACAUCUAAAAGAUUCUAUGUAUAUUUUGACAAGGAUUUCUUGGUUGACACUCGCUCUAAGACCACAGGGAAUGAAGAAACAGUGGUUUGUGAAUACAAAAGCUUAGUGCUGUCACCAAAGGAAGAAGGAUGAGAUGCUAUAUAGGUCAGCCAGCAGAUACCCUUUCUGCAUCCCUGACUGGUAGAAUUUUCUUAUUUUAAUGUAUUCCGCACAAUUCACUUCCUCUGUGAUGUCACUUCCUAUCAAAAUCCCUCUGUUCAGCGAAAAUAAGCGAUUGUCUCUUUUACAUUUUUUAUAAGUAUAUGUAAUUACCUUUACUUUUUUUUAAAGAUUUAUUUUAUUUCUAUGAAAGAUGGAGUUACAGAGAGGAUAGAGACAGAGAGAGAGAAGGGUCUUCCAUCUGUAGGUUCAUUCCCCAGAUGGCUGCAGUGGCCAGAACUGAGCCAAUCCAAAGCUAGGAGCUUCUGGGACUCCCACAUGGAUACAGGGGCUGAAGGACUUGGGCCAUCCUCCAUUGCAUUCCCAGGCACAUUAGCAGGGAACUGGAUUGAAAAUGGAGUAGCCGGAACUCGAACUGGUGCCCAUAUGGGAUGCCAGCACUGCAGGCCGGGGCUUUAAUUGCUGUACUACAGCACCGGCCCCAUGUAAUUACCUUUAAUGUGCCACAUUACCUUUAAUGUGCUAGAAUGUGUCUGCCUGCCUCUUAAAAGCAGCUUCCUCUAAGAAAGAUUCCACCCAUAGAUAGCCUGGUACUUCCUAUUCUGCUUCUAGUGACAGCUUCUUGCAUCUUGUCUUCAGUUACCUGGUUUCCCCUUUUCCUGCCCUCUUCUCUAAUUGUAGAUCCUUAACCCUAUUCCUAAGACGUUUGUAAUUUCUCACUUAUCUCAAAGCAUCUUCUGUAACUUGCCGUACAAACUCCAUGACCCUGGCUAUCUGCCAACACUUCACUUCUCUGACCAAUGGCUAAACUGAAGGCCGUCCCAAUGCUUUAUACUUCCUUCCUUCCUUCCUUCCUUCCUUCCUUCCUUCCUUCCUUCCUCCCUCCCUCCCUCCCUCCCUCCCUCCCUUCCUUUUUGACAGGCAGAGUGGACAGUGAGAGAGAGAGACAGAGAGAAGUCUUCCUUUUCUGUUGGUUCACCCCCCAAUGGCCGCUGCGGCCGGCCUGCUGCACUGAUCCAAAGCCAGGAGCCAGGUGCUUUUCCUGGUCUCCCAUGGGGUGCAGGGCCCAAGCACCUGGGCCAUCCUCCACUGCACUCCCUGGCCACAGCAGAGAGCUGGCCUGGAAGAGGAGCAACCGGGACAGAAUCUGGCGCCCCGACCAGCACUAAAACCCAGUGUGCCGGCGCUGCAGGCGGAGGAUUAGCCUAGUGAGCUGCGGUGCUGCCUAUAGUUCUUUUCUAAAUGUCCUUGGGUUAGAUUUUCACUUCACACUGGUAGGACACAUAAGUUUUUUGUUUUGUUUUGUUUUGUUUUGUUUUUUUUUGACAGGUAGAGUUAUAGACAGUGAGAGAGAGACAGACAGAGAAAAAGGUGAUCCUUCUGUUGGUUCACUCCCUAAAUGGCCACUACGGCUAGCAUUGCGCUGAUCUGAAGCCAGGAGCCAGGUGCUUCCUCCUGGUCUCCCAUGCGGGUGCAGGGGCCCAAGGACCGGGGCCAUCCUCCACUUACCUCCCAGGCCACAGCAGAGAGCUAGACUGGAAGAGGAGCAACCAGGACUAGAACUGGCGCCCAUAUGGGAUGCCAGUGCCACAGGCGGAGGAUUAACCAAAUGAGCUAUGGUGUCGCUCCCCCUCUUCAUGGAGGAACGACACAGGACCCUGCGCUGUUCUUUGGUCUGCUCGGCCCUCCCCGGGUUUGCUGCUGGUUCUUCCUGGGUUGGCUACCGUCCCUUCCACAUCCGUGGAAGGGCGGUUCCCCCUGCCACUUUUCCCCACUUCCGCGGGGGAGCGGCACACCGCUGGCUGGCUCUCUUGGGGGCUGCACAGGUGUUCCUUCAGAUAGAUGUUCCCCUUAGAUGUUCCUGGUGCGUGUUGGCUCUCUCCUCCUUUAUAGUCCCCUUCCACCAAUCCCAACUCUGCUACCCACACGCCGAGUACGCUGCUCUCCUCCAAUCAGGAGCAGGUCCUACAGUUUAUUGGUUGAACUGGAGGCAGCUGUGCAGAAGCCGUUUCUCCCUUCUCAGCGCCAUAUUGUGGGAGAGCAGAUGCACAGAAUAAGUCCUAAUUCCAGUAACUUAGUCUAGUCCGAGUUGCUCCCAGUUGCUCCCCACACCAUGGCACCGGCCUAGGACACAUAAGUUUUUAACAUAUAUACACAGAAUAAUCAUGCUUGUCUAUGUCUUCACUGGACUUGCCUAACCUUGCUAUUUGUUUAUUAUGUUCUCAGAAUCUAGGAUAGUACCUGAAAAUAGUAGUGCCUUAAAAAUUCUUUUUGAUUAUGUGGAUAAAAUAUUGCAUCUGUUAUUUAAUUAUCAGCAAUCAUAUCUAUGCUUUGGAAACCUUUUUGAAAGAUCUUAUAAUGGCCUUAGAGUUUCAGCUGAGGCACGAAUAUGAGAAAAAUAACUGUCUGAGCUGCUAUAUCACCAUUGCAAAGGAGGUUCCACAAACCGGCUUUUGUCAGCAAAUUUGCUUUUAGUAGGGAUGAAUUCAGAUGGGUAGAAUUUCUAGAAUGAAGCCUUUAUAUAGAUUAGGAAAAGAUAGCUUCGGUGGCUCCCCUUUCCAAGAGGAACUUCAGAGAACCACUUAGAGAGGAUGACAUUUGUCCUCUGGCAUUUGAAUCUGUGUCAGUGCUGACAAAAUAAAGGUAAAAGCUUGGCCAAAGUGACUUGUGGUGGCAGGACAAGGAGAGUGCUCUGGAAAGAGUAAACUGUACUUUCAACUGGAGUAGGGAAAUCAUGUGUGCUUCCUGGGGGAAGAUUCCAGAUGUGAGGUAUCUUAGGAGGCAUUUUGUAUUAAAACAGUUGCCUGUAGGCAUCAGGUGGCAUCAAAAGAAAGAGACUAGAGAGGGGCUAUUGGAAACCAGCCACGAGGUGGGAGGAUGGUCAUUUAUAGCAAAAAUUGUAUCAGAUCUCAUACUUGCUUAAAAUACUACAGUGAUGUUUUGAUGGGGAUCUCAUAAAAUCUGUAGACUAUCUCUGAUAGUAUGAGCAUUUUCACAAUGUUAA